AUGGCAAUUGAAAUUGAUGAAAAUAAUCAAGCUAAAAAGUUGCAAAAAGUCAAUACACAGUUAUCUCAGAUGGAAGAAAGAAUGGAUAAGGCAGCAGAGGCUUACAUUAAGUGUCUUAAAUUCUAUAUUGAUGUUGAAAACGAACUAGACCAGAAAAGGAUCGAGGAAAAAUCAGAAAAUGUAAAAAGAAGAAAGCCUCAUUCAUUUAAGAACUUUGAAUUCCAAGGCCUAUCGUAUAGAGCAAUUUCUGAGGAUUUAAAUUUGAUAUAUGAGGGUAUUAAAGAAGAAGAGGGCUUUGGACCAGAAAACUUUAAACGAAAUGAUGCUGUAUCUUGCAUUGUUGACAGAAAAAAGUACAAAGGAACCAUCGUUUCUGUUAACCAGAGAGGGAUGGUAAUAAAGACACAGGAUAGGAGAAAGAUUAAGCUUUCUUGGGAAGAGAUCGAAGAUGGGGAGGCCAAGGUUACUAAACUUCAGAGCGACGACGAAUAA